AUGGCAGCCCAUCGGACUUCAAGCUCCGAUGCAUACGAACCGAUAAGUGCCGAAUGGAGGGAGAUCAUCCACCCAAGAGACAGAAAGCAUUGGCUUGUCGAAGGUGUCGGUCUCGAAAGCAAAAAUGCACUGACAAGAGACCGUGUGAUAAUUGCACAACGGCGAAUGAAGGGGCUAUGGAAGGACUAUUUUGUCACCAUGGUGCACGCUGUUGCCCUACUUUUGACGCCUCGGGUGUCUGAAAGUGACAUCGCCACAUCUCAGUCACUGUAUAACACUGCUAUGAAAUAUCUCGCCUACGUUUUCGCGCAGCCGGAUCCCAUCCUACAUGCACAAGCAUACCUACUUCUAACAUUGCAUGCGCUUCACUCACCCUCAUCACAAAUGAUCGUUACCAUGGUAUCCGCAACGAUGAGGUACUGUGUCAUGGCUCAGCUCCAUCUAGCCGAGAGUGAGCCGAAAGUGCUAAAUCCCGUAUUUUCCUUGGAGGUCCAAACCCGCCGUCGAGUAUUUUGGUCUGCGUACGCGUUGGAUCGAUUGAUCAGUUGGAUCUAUCAUAUCCCAAACAAUAUCAUCGACGAGCAUAUCAGCGUAGAGCUUUUCUCAAACGUUGGAGACUCAGACCUCCACCGCGAUGGCUCAGACGACUGCCGCAUUCGAAUAGAAACACCAUCCCAGAAAACCCAUGUCUCACCCGCUUUACAUCUAUUCCGAUGCAGACGUAUCCAAUCCCGGAUUAUCAGUACUAUGAUGAGGUCAGACUUUGAAGAGAUCAACGCCUCAACAACAUGGCGAGAGCACAUGCUAGGGGAAUUGGACGCCUGGAGAUCUCAACUGCGUUUAUUGAGCGAUGUAGCAUCUAAAAGCUACACGAGCGAUCGAUGGGUUGGCAUGGCGUACAACUAUACAAUCCUCUUACUACACCAGCCCACCAAAGAAAACGUAUGCAGCGGCUUUGGAGACCGGUCCGUCCCAGCAUGUGUUCAGAUCGCCAUCACAUUCAGGACAUUUCAGAAAGAUCGACAAACAGCCCAAUUAUGGCCUGGGCUCCUAAGCCAAGUCGCCGUAGGCAUAACACUCCUCUACUGCUUCUGGGCAACACCACCCCAGCGCCAAACGCCAGCCUACAAAACCCGCGAAGUCCCCGAAGCACUACGAGCCUGUUCAACCGCACUGGCCAUCCUCGCCGAGCGAUGGAUCCAAGCCGAGCCCCUGCGUGACGUCUUUGAUACACUGGCUAGGGAAGUCCCAGUUUACGGAAUGGUUGUGGAUGGCUCACCCCCGAGACGUAUUUCGGCGGAAUCUGCUUUCUAUAUUCAGUCUCAAAUGCCCUUACUUGCUUCGAUCAUUAUGCAUCGUGGCGUUUUGCGUAUGAUUCGUGAGAUUAUCACGGAGGAUUUCCCUAGGGAUUUCCCCGAGCCGCAUGAUCAGACUUUAUCCGCUGAUUUGGGGGGCCAUUUGUGUUCUGAGGAGUGUCCGUUCUUUCAGAGGACGGGCCACGCUGGGUCUGUGUCUACAAAUGUUCAGGGAUUUGAUUCGCUUGGGGGUGGGAUUGGGGGUGCCUUUGGGGUUGAUGAUGAAACUUUGAUGUUUCCUCUUCUUUUUGGCUCUGCUGAGUUUUGA